ACCAUCAUGUUCAAACACACUGUAUACGCCGAUUUUUCGUCUGACCUCAAAGACACGCCCGAUUGGAAGGUGGCCGAGCUCAGAACAUUCGAAUAUCCGCUUAAAGUCACCGCUGUCGCGAUUGAACCCAUCGCUGGCCUCCUUGCCGUCGGGACGGCGAUUGGCUGCAUCCACGUCUUUGGUGGUCCCUCCGUAGAAGUCAAGCUUCUCCUUCCAGAACCCACACCCGUGCGAUUCGUGCACUUUUCUUCCGCCACCUUCCAACUCGUCUGUCUCGGCGGGAAUAGCCAGCUGCAUAUAUGGGACCUUGCUGUGUUUGGCAGACCCAAGCUUGUUGCUUCGGCGCGUUUCGAUAAUGCGACUUCUUUAACGGUUUCUCCCUCCCAUUCUCAUGCAUUUGUUGCUCUGGAAUCAGGGGAGGUUCGAACAUACGAUCUACUCUGUCUUCGCAAAUCAGAAUAUCGGACACCCAACCUCUGGUCGCUGUACGAGGAGAAGACUAUGGCAACACGAGUGGACCCUGCAACCCCGGGCUCUGGUUUUCCAGUCGACGUUGUCGCCCAUCCGCGGGAUCUGAAUCUUUUAUUUGUGGCAUAUGCAGGUGGGGUGAUAUUGUCCGAUCUGACCCAGCGCAACACCCUCCGCGCAUAUGAGCUUAUUCUUCCGGGGGGCUCGCCUGGGGGUUCUGGCUAUGGCCAUCCUGAUAUCAUGCAACAUCGUAGGCCAACAGUAACCAGUUUAGCUCUCCAUCCUGCUGGCCAUUAUUUCGCUGUUGGCUAUUCAGACGGUUGCAUCGCUUUCUGGGCAAUUGAAGACGAAGACCAGCCAGUGCUGGUUCGAACGUUGGAUUCUGUCGAUGUCGACAAAGUAGACAUUGAGGCUCUGGAACAGAAGCAUGAGCAAGGUCCCGAGCGCGAGCCCAUCUACAAGCUCGCUUGGUCUUCCUUCUCCGAUUCGAGUGAUCCUCGUGGGGGCAAAACUGCGUUAACCAUUCUUGGCGGCUUGUUAAUGGCUCCGGGAGAACCUAUCGGACUUACAGUCCAAUGGCUCCCUGCUUUCAACCCUAGCGACCCUCCCACCCCCAUUCCAUCCAACACAUCACUGCAUCCUUUCAUUCGUACUGCUAUGCAGGCUUCCCUUAUCCCUACUAUGGACUUUUUCUAUUCGACACCCAGCAUCGCUCAAGACUUUUUCCUUGUUCCCCGCAAUAGUCCUCAUUUCGCAAAUCAACACGAUCCAAUUGCCAUCAUAAUAUCGCUGGAGUCUGCUGGUGACCUGAGGACAUUGGAGACGCGCCAAUUUCCUCCGCCUGCUUUCUUAUCGUCUAAUGACCCUCCGACGGAUCAAGACGAUCCCGACACCAAGUCAGCCUCUCAGGCUGUGGAAGACGAUCUUGCAGACAUCCUUAAAGAUAUGACCUUGAACGAUGACCCUCGUGUCAUCGCACUCCCGUCACCACUGUCGUUUGGAACCACCGGGUUGAUGCACCUCCAACUUUGUAGUCUUGAUCGUGAUGCAUAUGAAGCCUUCAUUGGAGAAGGAAACACCGAUUUAUCCCUUCCGUUGAACGGUGGUGCUGCUUGGAACGACGAUUCCCUCGAGAGGGAAAUCAAGCUAGCGAAGUUUCAAUCACCUCGGAUUCUGAUCACAUUUCACCGCGAUCCCUCUGCCGCAAUCCAAUUCCUUGAUCUAAGUGCUCAACUCUUAGUAACAUCCGAUACUCCAAUCCAGAAUCACUUCCCCAAACCGCUUCCUGGUCUUACCAUUGACCUUAAACCUGCGCUGACUGACGCCUCCGUUGUCAGGCAGACAUCACGGGACUUCGUGGAACGAGCGAUAGUCCAGUCAGUCCAUUUCGCACCUCAGUCACUCGAAUGUCUUGUGCAGUUCGUUUCUGGCGAACUAGUUGUUUACCAUCUCAAGUCCGGCUCAGCGCCCGUGCCAGGAUCACAUGAAGACGUCGAGGAUGACCUUGUGCUGCUCGAUCAUGUCUUGACUUCGGAGGGGUCGCGGUAUGCUCCGUAUUUUCUCCUGAAAGGAAAUAAACCAGUUUCGGCGCGCGCUAUCUCCGACAUCGGUUUUUUGGCUGUAGCCCAUGCAGAGUCUUUGAUUGUGGUUGACAUGAGAGGUCCGCGUGUCAUUUUACGCCGUGGCCACGACAAGAAGAAAGCCCGGAUGUCGUCGUUACAUAUUCACGCAGCGGAAGCAAACCCAAUUGUGGAAUUACACUGGAAUGUCUCGACUGCAGACAACGAUCCUCAAAACCGCGUUCGAUUGCUCGUUGGAUAUGCUUCUGGAGCAACAGAGCUGCUUACUCUAUCUCGGCCAAGUAAUGUUUGGCAGGUUGAACAGGAGAUCAAGAAGGUAGAUGGCGCACCGCAUCCCAUCCCCGGAGGAACAUUCAUUUUGGACGCCAAGAAGGGAAACAUUUUGCAUGCGACCCGAGAACGCCUAGCACAGUCCUUCAAUCCCACCGCCCCCGACGCCAACUGCAUUCUUGUCAGUGCGGGUGCCAAAGGAGCAAGAUGCAUCGCCAACCUUUGUGGUUCGCGAAUCAGCAAGGUUGAAUGGCCGACAAAGGGCGGCGCCACAGUAACUUGUGUUCAGGUUGUUGAGAAAAUGGGAUCUCAAGCACUUGUUGCAUUCACCGACCAUCAAGAGGUUCUUGCGUAUUCACUCCCAAAUCUAGACCUUUUAGGUACCUUUGCGGCACCAACCCGAGAUUCCACGUCAGUUUCUUGUGAUCACACUGGUGAUUGGGUUUCCUACACUGCAAACAAAAAUACCGGAAAAGUCGAAGUAAUGACAUAUGGCACGCUUUUCAAUUUCCGUAGGGCUUACCUGCCACCCAAUCUGGAGUUUUUGUCGACUAAACCAACGAUCCCGCCUCAGCCACAGCCUGUUUCUCUUGGACCGACAUCACUCUUCAGUUCGUGGUUCAAGUCCGGUCAAUCAAUGACUGGCGACCAGCUUGAUAUCUUGCUUGGCGGUCCUGAUCGUCCGAUACCGCAAAAGCCAGCCCCGCCGAAAGCACAAGCCAACGACGCGGCAUCAGUGGCCAAGUCUGCAGCUGGCGUCCAGGAUAGCUUGUACUCGAGGCUUCAGUCUGCGAUGGGCGAGAGAGGGCAAAUGCUGAAUGAUCUGGAAGAGCGUUUCAAUGCCUUGGAGGAAGGCAGCAAAAACAUGGCGAGCCAGGCGAAAAGGAUAGCUGCGCAACAAACAGCAAAGAGUUGGUUAGGCUUCUAG